AUGAGGGCUAUGUAUAAGAGGUUCUUUCUUAUAACUAGGUAGGACUUGUUUAAGUAUCAUAUAAAAAACGAGAAGUAUUAAGAUGAAAAUAAGUUGAUAAUCAAGAAAGAAAAAAAAAGGUAAUAUGUUUUUAUCAAAGAAGAUUAAAACAACCAAAGAAAAAAAAAGCUAAGGAGAUAUAGAAAUAAAAAGCCUAAGCUCAAUUAUUAGAAUUACGAGGAAAGGCAUUUUGA